GUAGCUCUCAGAGUCAGUGCAAUAAUUGGAAAUUGAAACUACAACCAUGAGCCGCCUUCUUAUAGUUUCCGUGCUGGCAGUGUCCGUGGCCUGCGUGGCCUCGUAUCAGCAGACCAUACAGUGGGGUGUGGGCUCUAACAGCUACGACCCAUAUGGCUACGGUAGCGGCGGAUACGGUAACGGCGGAUACGGUAGCGGUGGAUAUGGUGGCUACAGAGGCGGCGUUUCAGGAGAUUACUAUCCCUUUGCUGGUGGUCUUGGAGGGCUGAGCGUUUAUGGAAACGGAGGCAAUGGCGACAGCUUCGGAUACGGAUCCUACUAUCCUUCGGGCUCUUACAACCUUCCAGGCAAUGCACUAGGUGGUGGCUGGUAUGGCCGUCAGCAACAGGUGCAGCUGUGGUAGUGUUGUGACGAUGCUGUUUCGAAACACUCCUGUACUGUAUAAUAAAGACAUCAGCCAACUUGUGCACUAACACA